CAUAUCUUUAAGAUGAUAUUCGGAGCACUCUUACCGCUGUUUUGGAUCGUUUUCGUGGGAUUAUUCGGAUAUUCAACUUGCUUCAAGUGCUUCCGGUGCAUGUCCAUGUUAUCCUCAAACUCGACCUGUGACCUUUCCCCUGGUGACCUUGAAAGCAUUGAAUGUGACACAUACUGCUACACGGAAAUAAUGACGGCUGCCGGGCUUCAUGUUUACGUUGAACGCGACUGCACGCGGCAAUUCGACUGCACAGAGGAAUCAACAUGCCGUGAGCUCGCUCAUUCUGGUAACUGCAAAGCUUGCUGUCGAGAUGAUUUCUGUAACAAGUACACCGGCAGAGAAGUAGCCACCAAUACCAUGGAGUCGAUGGGUGUGUCCCGUUACUAUAGCAACUAUCGUUGGGCGUGGCUCGCUACGGCGUUGUCAGUGGCUGCAUACUUGAGUCGAUCGUUUCCAUUAUAAACUUGAUUCGCUUUCAUUUUUAUCUGAUUUGAUUUAUCCAGAGUGAAUACAUUUUAAGCACAAAUUUUGUUUACAUUU